AUGGCAGACCACCUUCAAGUUCAGCAGCAACAACAACAGUUAGAGCUUCCACCGGGGUUCAGGUUCCACCCUACUGAUGAGGAGAUCAUCACUUCCUACCUUGCCCCUAAGAUUCUCAACCCAGCGUUCAACGCCACAGCGAUCGGUGAGGUGGACCUGAAUAAGAACGAGCCAUGGGAGCUUCCCAACAAGGCCAAGAUGGGGGAGAAUGAGUGGUACUUUUACUGCCAGAAGGACCGCAAGUACCCCACCGGGAUACGAACCAACCGGGCCACGAAGGCCGGCUACUGGAAGGCCACGGGUAAGGACAAAGAGAUCGUCAACCCACAUUGCAUGUCCAUGCUCAUGGGCAUGAAGAAGACAUUGGUGUUCUACAAGGGCAGAGCUCCCAGCGGGGAGAAGACCAACUGGGUCAUGCACGAGUACAGGCUCGAGAUCAGCAAGCAGUCAACAUCCGGCCUGCCCACCACCAUCGCAAAUGCCGCUUCCAAUAACGUGUCUUCUAAGGAGUAUGUGGUUUGCAGGAUCUUCCAUAAGAACACUGGAAGUGGGGUGUCAUCCAUGGUGUCACAUGAGGACGUUGGGACCGGUCCUGGCAACAACGACCAGGGCAACGGCGGUGCAACAACCACCGACAAGAUCUUGUCGAUGAGCAUGCGUACAGGUGGGGCAUGUUGA